UCAAAUUUGUUAGUAGCACUUUCUGAAGUUAAUAAAUACCAUUCAAAAAAUUUUCUUAUUAUAGUUUAUAUUCAUGCGUCGUUUUCAUUGUCUCUUCUCAAUACAGUGCUGAGCAGAAAUAUGAUUUUAAUCGGCGCUUAUGUAGAA